AUGGACGCACUUGACCCAGACUAUGUCGCAAGGACACUCUCGAACCCUCCCUUCGUCUCGAUAUCUGGCGUAUACAACGUGCGAUGUCUAGGGAACUAUCGCACCCAGCACUCCAAUGAGGUUACGCGGGCGAACUUCAUGUUCCGUGCUGGAGAAGUAUCAGGCAUCACAGACGAUGGGAAGCAUCGGAUGCACGACCUUGGAAUUACCACCGUAUACGAUCUGCGCUCGGAUACAGAGAUCUUGAAAUACAAUACGCCGACCCCUUGCAUAGACGGUGUAGAGAUUAUUCACGUGCCAGUGUUUGAGAAGAAAGACUACAGCCCUGAGAUGAUGGCCCGACGUUUUCAGCUAUAUGCCAGUGGGAAAACAGAGGCGUUUAUGCAACUCUACUCUGAGAUACUAGACUCCGGUGGUCCUGCGUUUGGGACCAUACUGCGCCAUGUGCGUGACAGACCACAAGACAGCUUUGUAUUCCACUGUACAGCUGGGAAAGACCGUACAGGGGUCGUGGCCGCAAUAUUGCUCCUCCUCGCAGGUGUCGAUGAGGAAAUUAUUGCCACGGAUUAUUCCCUGACACGCGUCGGCCGCGAGCCUGCGCGCGAGAUGGUAAUGGCACGCCUAGAAAAAGAACCUAUUUUCGCUGAGAAUCAGGAAGCUGCGCUCAACAUGUUCUCCUCGCGGCACGAGACUAUGAUCGCCUUUCUCCGCAUGUUCAAAGAGCGGUAUGGAGGUGCAGAAGAGUACGCCAGAACGUAUUGCGGGCUAUCUGAUGAUGAUAUUGGCCUUAUACGGAGGCAUAUAGUGGCCCCGAUUGAUCGAGCUGGACUUUAG